ACUAAGGGCGCCUGGCUGUUGCUAGGGCCGCGGUACAGACAGUUAGGCUCGGCAGACACCGGCCGCGAGCUCCAGGGAACGGUUUUGGGUGGCUUGUCUGUGCUCCCUUCGAGCCCCGUACGCCAUGUGCAGUGAGUUCCUGUCAGAGCUGCCCUGGGAAGAUGGGUUCGCCAUCCCCGUGGCCAAUCAGGAGAACAAGAUCCUGGAGGAUCAGUUGUUAAAGCUCCGCGAGGAAAAAUCAAACUUGCAAGAUCAGCUUCAUGACUAUGAAGAACGAAUUAAUUCUAUGACUUCUCACCUUAAAAAUGUGAAUCAGGAAUUUUUAUUUACACAGUCUCUUUACAAAGCAAGGGAGAGUGAAAUCGAGAGCGAAGAACAUUUUAAGGCCAUUGCUGAAAGAGAGCUGGGCCGAGUCAACAAUGAGACCCAACAGCUGGAGAAGGAGAUGGCGAUCAUCCGGGAGCGCAAGAGCCAAAUGGAAAACAAUAUAUUUAAAGCUACUCAAAAGCUGGAUGGCUUGAAAUGUCAGAUGAACUGGGACCAGCAAGCCUUGGAGGCCUGGCUGGAAGAAUCGGCUCACAAAGACAGUGACUCUCUGACCCUGCAGAAGUACUCUCAGCAAGACGAUAACAAAAUCAGGGCCCUGACUCUGCAGUUAGAAAAGCUGACCAUGGAGUGUAAUGAGAAGAGGAAGCUUCUAGACAGUGAACUAACAGAGACGCUAAGUGCGCAGUUAGAAUUAGAUAAAGCUGCACAAGAUUUCCGGAAGAUUCACUUAGAACGACAAGAGCUCAUUCAGCAGUGGGAGAACACCAUUGAGCAGAUGCAGAGGCGGGAUCAGGAGAUAGACAACUGUGCCCUGGCAUUAUCACGAAUAAAGCAGGAAGCAAGAGAAAAAGAAGGCGUGGUGAAAGAGAAGAUCAAGUUUCUGGAAAAUGAGGUUGAGAACAACAUAGAAUAUGAGAGAAGAAUUUCUGUUGCUGAGCGGAAAGUGUCCAAGUGCAGGAUGGACUACCAGCGUCAUGAAGGCAACAGAAGUCAGCUGAAGGAUGAGCUGGAUACUUUAAAAACCACUCUCAAUAGAACAUCCAGUGACUUACAAGCUCUGAGGAAAAAUAUUUCCAAAGUAAAGAAGGACAUCUUUGACGAAACAUUAAGAUUACAAAAACUUAAACAUCACAAUGAGGUUGUAAAACAUAAAUUAAAGAUGAUAACUGAGAAGACCCUAUCUAUUGAAGAGAAAGCUACCAACAUGGAAGACAUGCUGAAGGAGGAGGAGAAAGGCUUGAAGGAAGUGGAGGUUCAAUUGGGCAUAGUAAAAGACGUGUUAUUUAAGAAAGUCCAAGAGUUACAGAACGAGAUAGCGAAAGAGAAAGCCCUGGUAUCAGAAAUUGAAGGAACCCGUUCCUCCCUGAAACAUCUUAACAAACAGUUACACAAACUGGAUUUUGAAACCCUGAAGCAGCAGGAAAUUAUGUACAGUCAGGACUUUUACAUUCAGCAAGUAGAACGCAGAAUGUCACGAUUAAAAGGAGAAAUUAAUUCAGAGGAAAAGCAAGCCCUNGAAGCAAAAAUCCUUGAACUUAAGAAGACAAUGGAUGAGAAAAAAUCCACACUUUCCCUUUUGGAAGCCCAGAUCAAGAAGCUCCAUAAUGACCUCUACUUCAUUAAGAAGUCAAAUGGUAAAAACAAUGAUGAGAAAGAGUCUCUCAUGAAUAAAAUAAGUGAACUGAACCUUUUCAUUGACAGAUCUGAGAAGGAACUGAGCAAAGCCAAAGCUGUGAAAGAGGAUAUGAUGAUUGAGGACAAUCUUUUAAAGCUUCAAGUUAAACGUGCUCGAGAAUUGCUUUACAGCAAGGCAGAGGAAGUCCUUUCUCUAGAGAAAAGGAAACAGCAGCUGGGCAAAGACAUGGAAGAAAGAGCUGAAGAAAUUAAGGUGCACAAAGCCAUGCUUACCUCACAGAUCAGAUGUGUUGAACAGCAGCGACAAACUAUGAGUUCUGAAUUUCAUGAGCGGCUAAGUAAAAUUGAUAAGCUUAAGAAUAGAUAUGAAAUUCUUACUGUUGUCAUGCUGCCUCCUGAAGGAGAAGAGGAGAAAACACAGUCCUAUUAUGUAAUAAAGGCUGCUCAAGAGAAAGAAGAACUUCAAAGGGAAGGUGAUAGCUUGGAUGCUAAGAUCAACAAAGCUGAAAAGGAAAUCUAUGCUUUGCAAAACACCUUGCAAGUACUGAACAGCUGCAACAGCAAUUAUAAGCAAUCUUUCAAAAAAGUGACUCCGUCAAGUGAGGAGUAUGCAUUAAAAAUUCAACUAGAAGAACAAAAAAGAGUUGCAGAUGAGAGAUACAGAUGCAAGCAGAGGCAGAUCAGAGAACUUCAAGAAGAUAUCCAGAGCAUGGAAAAUACUUUUGAAGUUAUAGGACACUUAGCAAACAAUGCCAAAGAGAAAUUAACAGAGAAACAAACACUGGCAUUUCAACUUCGUAAGGAGACUGAGGAGCAGAAGCCGAAAUUACAGCGAAUAACUAAGCAGUGUGGAAGACUCAGAAGAGAAAUCCGUAUUUUGAAACAAACAGAUAAUGAAACUCUAGAAGAACAGGACAUUCAGCUUCGUGAGCUCAUACAGUUUCACAAGGACAUUGACCAAAUGUUAGUUAACGCCAUGGAAAAUGCAGAAAUUCAUGCCAUCUUUAAAACAUAUUUUGAGCAGAAUGGGUUAGAACUACCUACAGCAAAAGGCCCGAGCUCAAGAUCUUCUUCCCAGUCUUCUUCACUUUCAUCAAUCAGGUCGCUCGAGGAUGUAACUCCCCAGUCUCCCCCCACAGCUAAAGUGAUACAGCUCAGAUUUCCAGAGCCUUCUCCAGCAACAAGUGACAGUUCUAGGUCAGCUAGUAGUGGCAGUAAUUCCAACAUUCCUAAAGAAAAAAAGCUCAGCAAGUAAACAUGCUUUUAAAAAAAAUCUUUUUAUACAUUUAGAACACAAAUGAAAAUCUUAUUAAUAGUUAAGUCUCUCUUUUUCUGGGGUUUCAUUUAUUAAUGAUGCAGGCUUACUAAAAUAGUACCAGAAGUACAGAGCAGACAAAAGUUCUGCACAGUUGCUAUAAGAGCCGUCUGAGAAAAGAACAAAGGGAGUUUAGUGUUUGUUUUUUUCCUACUGUUUUAUUUAUAGAGAAGGAAAACUGCAGAACCUUAGCCAAGCCACAUGUGACAAAGCAGAGGGAAAUAAGCAGUUUUUUUUUUUUUUACUAGAACAUGUCUACAGUGUUAGAUGUUUUAUGAAGUAACACAUUUAUAAGAUUCUUUCACUAAUACACUUCUAAAGAUUUAUUCUAUCUCUCAAUAAGGAAGUUUUCAUUUACUCUAGAUCACAAAAUUACCUUUUAAAAUAAAAAAAAGCGAACAACUGUAUUCAGAUUUUUUUUUAAGGGGGUUAGCAUGAGGCAGGAACUUGGGAAAGGCCAUUUUUUGUUUGUUUGUACUGGUUAUAAUCUGUAACCAAAAGACAGCAUCAUCCCCACUCCCUCAAGAAAAAGUUUAGUAAGAAAGACACUGUUUAUGUAUAUGUACAUAUACAUUUGUCUCUAUAUGUGCACAAAUAAAGUGAAACUUAUGCUGUU